GCGGAGGAACUGAACGCGCUGGUGGGAGAUGCGUUCCGAAUGGCGUUCGCGUCGCAGCUGCAGCCCUCCGCUCCUCUCUGGAGCAAGGAGUUGAGCAGCGAUUGCGGCGGCAUGGGCGUGCGCGCGCCCGACUCGCUGCCCGGCCUGACCCACCACUACCCUCACUGUGGAGACAGAUCCCCAGCGAAAUGCGACAUAAUGGGAGUGUCGAAGCUUGUAAACGAGCCCAGCCCGAGCAGCUCCGAGGAGUCGAACUCGCCCACGGAGAUCAACUGCUACCGGCGCCUCGGCGACCGCCCGCCGCUCAUGAAGCGCCUCGCCAUGGGCCUGAGCGGCGCGCUGCUGCAGCCGUCCGACGACGACUCCACGCCUCUAGUGGCCGACACACCGACAACGCCCACAAACCUUCCCCUCUGCAUGAACGGCGGCUACAUCAACGAAGCAUCCGAAGCCGAGGCGCGGACGAGGGAGAGCAACCGCGAGCUGCCGCCCACGCCGCGACGGCACGACAACAUGCACGAGCUGGAUGUCGACUUCAGGAGGUGCAAUAAUGUUAAGAAUGGUAGUCCAUCAGCAGCCUGUAGUCGUACGACGUCAUCGUCAUCGGGCGCGUCAUCGUGUGGGGGUGGCGGCUCGCACGGCUCCGGCAACAAUAAUAUCCCUCGAGCUGAGCCUGAGCUGAGGCAAGCGCCUUGGUUUCAGCAAGGGAUUCCUAGAGAAAUAGCACUAGAAGUGCUCAGCAGCCAGCCGGUAGGCUCGUUCCUGGUGCGCGGCAGCACGACGCAGGCCGGCUGCUACGCGCUGUCGGUGCGGGUCCCGCGCGACUUCACGCCCGCCGGCAUCGCGCACUACCUCAUCCUGCGCACGCCCAAGGGGUACAAGAUCAAGGGCUUCACAAAGGAGUUCACGUCUCUCUCAGCUCUAGUAACCCACCACAGCGUGAUGCCGGAACUGCUCCCGGCGCCGCUCCGCCUGCCGCGGGCGCCGGCCGGGGCGCGCGCGCACCGCCGCGACCACGCCGACAUCGACGCCGUCGCGCCGCCCGCGCCGCGCCGCGCCCACCCGCACCCCCCGCACCCCCCGCCGCCUAAUCAUCACCAUCUGCAGAACUUUUUAGCGCAGCUAGACGUAUAAGAUAAGAAGCAGUGACAUUAAAAAUGAAUGAAUUUAGUCCUUAUUGCGUGAUCUGUGUAUGUCACGUGGAAUAUGUGUUUGCCUUUAAAGUGAUCUGGACGCAGCUGGACAUGUAGAACUGGUGCUCAACUGGUGAUACCUCGAUCAUUUAAACCUGUCCCCGUCUCUGUCGUUAAAACAUCACUAUCUGCAGAACUUUCUGGCGCAGUUGGACGUGUAGAAGUGACAUUUGAUACGAAAUUAUUUAAGACUUUAAUGAGUGUCACGUGGAUGUGACGUGGUUGUCAAAUGUGAUGAAAUAUGCAUAGUGUCUCACUCUCUGCCACUAACUGCACAACUAGACGUGUAGGAGAAGAGUAAUCGAACUAAUUAAAUAAGUCAAUGUGAUGAACUAGUGGUGCCUCAAUCGCUUACACCUGUCCCCGUCUCUACCGUUGAACCACCACCAUCUGCAGAACUUUUUCGCGCAGCUGGACGUGUAGAAGUGACUAUAAAGAAACAUGUGGUGCCUCGAUCGCUUACACCGAGUUACACCAUGAACUAAUUUAGUCCGUAAAAACUCGUGAUACGUGGUUAAAAGUGAUGGACAAAAGUGAUCCCUCGCUUGCUCUGGUCUCUGCCGCCCAACCAUCACCAUCUGCAGAACUUUCUCGCGCAACUGGACGUGUAGGGGCAAUGACUUUAAAAAUAAAUUAAUUUAGACCUUAUUGCGUGAUACGUGUUUGUCACGUGGAAUAUGGUGUUUGUCCGUUAGGAGUGAUAAACGAUGCCUUUAAAGUGAUCCCUCAUCUGCCCCAGCCUCUGCCAUUGAUCCACCACUCUCUGCAGAACUUUCUGGCGCAGGUGGACAUGUAGAACUGGUACUCAACUGGUGAUGCCUCGAUCGCUUAAACCUGUCCCCGUCUCUGUCAUUAAACCACCACCAUCCCCAGAACUCUCUGGCCGAAGAGUGAUGAAAUAUGCAUAGUGAUCCCUCCUCGCACCUGUCUCACUCUCUGUCACUAACUUCGAAACUUGUGCGCAACUAGACGUAUAGGAGAAAGUGAUCGUCUGAACUAAUUAAAUAAGUCAAUGUGAUGAACUAGUGACGCCUCGAUCGCUUACACCUGUCCCCGUCUAUGUCGUGGAACCAUAAUCAUCUGCAGAACUUUCUCGCGCAACUGGACGUGUAAAAGCAGUGAGCUUUGAGAUGAACUAAUUUAGUCCGUUAUAACUAUUGCGUGAUAUGGUUGUCACGUGGUUUGAAGUGAUGGACAAAAGUGAUCGCUCGCCUGUCCCGGUCUCUAUCGCCCAACCACCAUCAUUUCCAGAACUUUCUCGCGUAGCUAGACGUGUAGAAGUGAGCGGAUGAACUAAUAACUAUUUAUAAAGAAACAUGUAUUGCGUGUGCCUCAACUGGUGGUGCCUCGAUCCCUUACACUUUUCCCCGUCUCUGUCAUUGAACCAUCACCAUCUGCAAAACUUUCUCGCGCAACGGGACGUGUAGAAGUGACAUUAAGUCACUGCGUGUCAUGUGGAUGUCAAACUAUGAAAUGAUAAACGCUUGUCCAAGAAUAUGCCACAACAGCAUGUUGUACAUUGAAAUAUCUGAUUGACGUCAGUCGAUGCGCUGUCACAAAAUGUUUAGCUUCUUUGAGCCAUGUAAAAUACGUCAUUAUAUACAGCAAAAUCAUAUCGAUGUAACACAAAAUAGAACUAAGUAUACCAUUUGCGAAUCUAUAAAAUGUAUAUUCUGUCGAAGCAAUAUUAUCACAUUGAAUAAUAUUUAUUUAUAGCAUGUAUGACUCAUAGAAUUUUAUAUCGAAAAACGUUAAAAAUAGUCAUCAUUGUGAAGUCAUUAAAAUUAUUGUACGUUGUCUAGUGACUGUUACUGAUGUUCCAUUAAUUUUAUGUAACUAAAUAAUGUGAUAAAAUAUUAUCGUCAUAGGGCGUGUAAAAAUAUAUUGUAUAUUGAAAAUGUGUAAAUGGAUUGUAAGUAUAGUGCUCUGUGUCAUAAUCAUAGGUUAGAGAAGGAACGCAAACGUUGAUUUUAAAAGUUAUUUGUGCUUCUAUUGGUUUAGGUAUUCUAGUCUUGUAAUGUACAGCUAUUGGGAAUGCGAAUUCACGAGUGUUUUAUUUUUAUGAAUUAAUAUUUAAUUGUGUGGAGGGUGACCGGGUGUUAGAAAAUGAAAAUUAAUGUUUGUUUGUUAUUUAUCUUGUGGUAAAUGACAGAAUCUAUAAAAAAGCAUAUUUCUUGGAAAAAAUAGGACCAAAAUUAUUAAUGUGAAACAUUAAUGUUAAUUAAUUAAAUUGAUGAGUGAGUAGACAAAAAAUAUGUUGUGACAGAGAAACAGUUCAAUGUUUUAAAUCUUACGUUAAAUUCAAUGAAGAAAAGUUUUACUUGACGCGUUUUUUUCUAUCACCCCAGGUCACUUACACAUUACAAGUGGUGAUGCAUGUUAACUAAGUAUGUUGUUGGCUUAUACGUCAGUGUGUCACGUAUAAUGGCGGCCAUGCCGUGAACAAGUUGCCUUCUAGCGAAUACCUACACGCGGCUCCUUUAGCAACUGGACCAUACAACACAAUUUCAGUAACUUGAAGUUUUUAAGAAGCUGUAUCUGAAGGAGAAAGUAUUUUAGGGAUAUUCAUAGAUGUUAUUUUAUUUAUUCAGGGGGCAGGAUAUUAAUUUUAGCGUCUGAUAAAUGAGAGGAACAAUUUUAUACUCAUUUCAUAUCAAUUGCUCCUUUUCUUGAAACUUCUACCAUUUUCCUAUCGAAAUUUAAUCUAUUCAGGAGUUAAAUUCAAAAGAAGACCAAGACGUACUUUGUUAUUUAAUAUUAACGUGAUUUUUAGCUAAUUUUGUUGUGUGGUCCACUUGUUACAAAAUGUUGAUUGUUGAACACUGCCUUAGUACCAGAUAUCGUGUUUGUAUCGAUAAUAAUUAUUUUAAAUUAUAAAUAUAUCGGUAGACUAGCAUCUGUUGAUGUCCACUCUGAUAAUUUCUCGUCUUUGCUCCUUGUAAUUAUCACAGCUUUGUUUUAUACAAAAAUAGUUUUUAAAUGCCAUUCAAUUUGUUCUGUAAUUACACAAAAUUCUUCAUAAUUGUUUUUCAAUCCAAAAAUAUUAUAGGUCUUUUAUGAAAAGAAAGAAAAUCGUUUUGAAAUAAAUAUUUGUUCGAUUAGUUGAUUUUAAAACUGCAUUAACUACCUUAUGAAUGUAAUUUCUAAUACCUAAAACUUAUGACUUCAUUAAUUUAAAUUCUUCAGCUCAGUGAAAUUAAGUUAUUUACUCAUGAAUAAAACUAAGUUAUAAAGAAUUUGUGUAUUUUCAUUCGGGUUCCUCACUAUCAGUGCUUAUUUCACAAUCUCUCCCCAAUCAAGAACAUUAAACUGGGUAAUGUAAGAUACUUGAUUAAAGUUGCCUACUACUUUAUAAACUAACUACCACCAAUAAUUGAAACUUAGUUACAAGUACAUACACAAAUGUACCAAAAAUUAUGGACCAUUUUAGAGUACAGUUGCGUAACACUGAAACUGUUUAACUUAUAAAAUUAAACUGGUACCUACUCUAAAACUAACACAAACCAUUCAAAGAGACAAGGUACACUAUUAUUAA